GGGCACAAAGGGCCCGCCCGCCACGGCCGCCGUGGCCCCGGGGCCCGCCCGGCACCCACGCUCCGCCGCCUCCGGGCGCACCCCCGCGUCGGCCAAGCCGCUGCUGCGCUGGGACGAGGUGCCCGACGACUUCGUGGAGUGCUUCAUCCUGUCGGGCUACCGGCGUCUGCCGUGCACGGCGCAGGAGUGCCUGGCCUCGGUGCUGAAGCCCACCAACGAGACGCUCAACUUCUGGACGCACUUCAUCCCGCUGCUGCUGUUCCUCAGUAAGUUCUGCCGCCUGCUCUUCCUGAGCGGCCGCGACGUGCCCUUCCACCACCCCUGGUUGCUGCCGCUGUGGUGCUACGCGUCAGGCGUGCUGCUGACCUUCGCCAUGAGCUGCACGGCGCACGUGUUCAGCUGCCUGUCGCUGCGCCUGCGCGCCGCCUUCUUCUACCUGGACUACGCGUCCAUCAGCUACUACGGCUUCGGCAGCACGGUGGCCUACUACUACUACCUGCUGCCCGGCCUGAGCUUGCUGGACGCCGGAGUCAUGACCCCGUACGUGCAGCAGCGCCUGGGCUGGCACGUGGACUGCACUCGCCUCAUCGCCGCCUACCGCGCGCUGGUGCUGCCUGUGGCCUUCGUGCUGGCCGUGGCCUGCACCGUGGCUUGCUGCAAGAGCCGCACGGACUGGUGCGCCUACCCGUUCGCGCUGCGCACCUUCGUCUUUAUCAUGCCGCUAAGCAUGGCCUGCCCCAUCAUGCUGGAGAGCUGGCUCUUCGACCUGCGCGGCGAGAACCCCACGCUCUUCGUGCACUUCUAUCGCCGCUACUUCUGGCUGGUGGUGGCCGCCUUCUUCAACGUGAGCAAGAUCCCCGAGCGCAUCCAGCCGGGCCUCUUCGACAUCAUCGGCCACAGCCACCAGCUCUUCCACAUCUUCACCUUCCUCAGCAUCUACGACCAGGUGUACUACGUGGAGGACGGCCUGCGCCAGUUCCUCCAGGCGCCGCCCGCUGCGCCCACCUUCUGGGGUACGGUGGGCUAUAUGCUGCUGCUGGUAGUCUGUCUGGGGCUGGUCAUCAGGAAGUUCCUAAACAGCUCCGAGUUCUGCAGUAAAAAGUGAGCGUCUGCCUUGGAGGAGGCUACGGGUGCGCCCACCUGUUUGUCUGGAGUUUCUGUUGUUGCUGUUGUUGGUUUGUUUUCAAGUUUCGUUGUGUUUCCUUCUAUGCUCAAGGAGGGUGCUGCAAAACCGCAGGGGAAGAGUCCACUGCUACAAAGGGAUCCCCGCCCACUUAGGGCUUUGGAAGGGGGACGGGAGGGGCGGGGGUUCAAGCAGGAGAGAAAGGGCCACUGGUUCUUGCCCGUGGAAAAAGUUCAGGUGGUGUCUGUGACAUCCAGGGAUUUUUUUCAAAGGCAGGGAAUAAAAUCCCAAAUGAAACCCCAAAGAGUCUGCUUUUCCAAUCAUCUUCUGUGCCAGGGCUAAUAACGAGUAGCCCUUGUGAGAUCAGGUAUGCAGUAAAGAGGAUAAGUAGAUAAAAUCCCUGGGUGCUUCCAUUUCAGCCUGAGGAUUGCUUGGAUUUGUCAAAAGAAUGGAGCUUUGUAGGAAACAGGCAGAAAGACUCAAACCCAGGGCUUAUCCAGCUAGAAAAUGCAUGGAAUGUGAACACAAGUCAAUUAUUUCAUAAUGUUUCUCAGAUGUUAUUUAAAUAGUAAUAUAUAAAAUGAUUUUUUCAUAAUUUAUCAAAGCCUGUGAGAUGCACUGAGUUUUCUUUGUCACAUACUUUUGAAUUUUGCAGCCUUCUGCAUUUGCAUACACUUGAACUGGACAUCAGGGCAAGCUGCUUGAGUGUUCUCUACUGCUUUUUUAAACAGUGUUUUCUGAAGGCCUAUGUGUGUCAUGAUACAGCUGUGAAUUAUUCUACCUUGGGGAUUCUGGUUAAACUACUGGUAAGGAGCUGGAGUGGUUUGUAUAUAUCCCAGAUUCCUAUUUACUUUAAUGGAUUCUACAAAACCCAUCCUCGGUUUUUUUGUUUGUUUGUUUUGUUUUAAAUCUUAUUCUUUUCUUCUCUACUUUUUUUAGAAUUGCCACUGGAAUAAAUGUGCCUUUUGAAGCAAUGCCCAAA